AUGGCUGACGAGCAUCAUGACGAUGAGCACUUUGCGUCGGCCGAGUCCGGUGCUGCUGCUACUUUUCCAAAGCAGUGCUCUGCUCUUCGUAAGAACGAGCACGUCAUGAUCAAGGGCCGCCCUUGCAAGAUUGUUGAAAUGAGUACCUCGAAAACUGGUAAGCACGGUCACGCCAAGGUACAUCUGGUUGCUCUCGAUAUCUUCACCAAUAAGAAGCUUGAAGAUAUUUGUCCUUCCACUCACAAUAUGGAUGUUCCUGUCGUUAAGCGUCGUGAAUUUAUUCUCAUGUCAAUCGAGGAUGGCUUCUGCAGUCUUAUGGAUCCGGAAACUUGUGAUCUGAAGGAUGACCUGAAGAUGCCAGAAGGUGAACUUGGAACUCAGAUCAAGGAAGCACUGGAUAAGGAUGAAGGAUCUGUUCUCGUGAGUUAA